AGCGCGCCGGUCAGUCGCAGGCAUGGCGUCCCGCCGUCGCCAUAGCCCUCAGUUGCCAUAGCUCGUCGAUACAUUACUCCCGGCCCACGCAUGCGCCCUCUGUCGAUCCCCCGCACUACGCAUGUGCGGCCGUAUACCAGACAACGAGGCAGCCAAGUUGCGACACACGACUCCUCUUUACGCGACACUGUCGCAUAAUUGAUUGUCCAUUUGAUACUGACAUUGAACGGCCGAUGUACGACGGCCGACUGCUCGAUUAUAACCAGUUAUUUGCUUACGGCUAUCGAGAUAAGGCGCUUCCACGCGAGUCCACGCGACGUCCAACAUCCCCGCGAUCAGCUGGUAUAACUCGCGAAUUCGGUAUGGCAUCGUACUGUGAUAAAUAUUGUGCAUCUAAGGUUUGCGUGAUGUAAACAGUGUUGAGAGUGCAAGUGAGUGGUUAAACAUGGAAGUUGCUAAGGAAAAGAGCGCAGUGAUGGAGGAGUUUGAAGAGGACGAAGUCGCGUCCCGCCGCUGCAUGUUAGACGAUUUGCAGCUGGCAGCGGAACUCGGCAAGACCCUGUUGGAGAGGAACAAGGAACUCGAAACAGCUCUGCGUCAGCACCAGAACAUCAUCGAAGAUCAAACACAGGAAAUCGAGUACUUAACGAAACAGACGGUCGCUCUCCGUGAGGUGAACGACUCCAGGUUGAGGAUCUACGAGCAACUAGAAGUGAGCAUUCAAGACUUGGAGCGAGCCAACCACAGGCUAGCUGUCGACCAUGCCGCCGACAAGAAACACAUUAAAACUCUGUGCGCCAAUAUUGAAACGCUCGAGAACAAAUGUGAAGAUCUACAAAAGACUGUCGACGACCUGAACGCCCAGCUGGAAAUCUCCAGGCGAAGGGCAGAACGGAAAACAGAAGUAGAAGUACCCAAAGAAAAAGAGAAAUCAGUCGAACUUACUUUAACCGUCAAGAAACCUGACGUAAACAGUACACCGGUCAAAACGGUAGCACCUCUUCCAGAACUGAAUAAAGAGGACGAGGACUUACUCAGGCUUAGCGAUGAACUGAGAGAGAGCAAGGUAGCCUUUGCACAAGAACAAAGAAGGGUGACGGAACUGGAAGAACAGUUGGCGUCAAUGAUCCAAGAGAACAACAGACUAAACGACCAAUUCAGGAACUGGCAACAACGAGAAGAUGAACCCAAGUCCAUGCACGAAGAGUUUGCUAUCCUUGAAGAAGUCAGACAAGGACAACUGUGCAUAAGAUGCCUAAGAGGCGUGGAAAGGGGAGACGACAUGUCCUCUAUGCUAGACGGAGACGAUGAUGAUAGGAGCGCAAUCAGCUCGUUAAUCCUCCCGCCUUCUGGCCAAGACAGUCCGCGAGAAGAUCUUGUCACUAACAAGCUCGUCAAAUUCGACAAUGCCAAGGAAAAGUUACUCCAAGGUAUAUGGGCGAACAAAGAAGAUGGUCACGAUAACCCUUACAGAGAACUGGUACAAAAGUACGAGGCUCUUUUAGAAGUUCAACUGUCACAGGUUAAGAACAUCAGAAAGACCAAACCCACCCCUUUGCCCAGCAAUCAGAACGCGCGCGGUCCUCUGUCUCUCCAGGACGAACUUCAAACGUCCGGAGACUACAGUCAAUUCAGUGUGAAAGACACUGACGAGGAAAGCGGUCACGGCGAAGAACAGAAAGGAGUCGGUCAAACAAAGAAGGUUGAUGCCACUUCUCGAAAGAAGAUUAUACAAACUCCGGACUUUUCGGAAGCAGAGACUUCCAGCUCCGGAUUUUCAGAUGAGACCAGCAACAAAGCGACACAGACGGAACGUGAGCGACCGGGCUCAUUCCUGUGCACCAUCGCUGACGGUGAGGACUACCGUUUCAGUAUUUACGACGACGUCAGCCCCAUGGACAGUCGGUUCCGCAACAGACCAGAGUACCGCGAACUGUUCAAGGAAAUAUUUACCAUCCUUAAGAAGGCGGCGGAGAACAAAGACGACGGAGAACAACUGCCGCUCCUAGACGACACCACGGCUGGCAAGGUUCCACCUGUCACACCCGCGAAUGAGGAGGCGCCCGGCAACUUCACCGACGAUACGCAGAGCGUAUUUUCGUCUGUGAUGUCUGAACAGUCGAUUCCAGUGUCUGAUAUUACCAUGCCUGAAACACCAACUCUGAAGGAAAAAGAGAAAUCCGUACCCGAAGUGGUCAAAAAGGAGGAAAAUAGUAACAAAGAAAAUAAGCCAGUGGCGGAAAGCACCACGGAGAAGCCAAAACCAAGCCCCGCACGCCAAGGUAAAGAACAAACCCAGUCAAAACAAAGAGACCAGAGCGUGCAGAGGGAGAAAGAAAAGGAAAAAGAAAAAGAGACCGAAAAAGAAAAGAAGGAAGAGAAAGAACGAGUUCUGACUCCGUUGGUGCGUCAGCCACUGGAAUACAUAGCGGCCACUAGAAAGAAGUCCAGACAUCGCAAUAGAAAACACAGCCAAGACCGGCAGGGCGCAGACUCUCCAGUGUUCCCGUCGCCUCCUAAGAUCACGUACCAGAAGUCAUCGAACAAGAAGAGGAGGGACUACAGGCCGAUCGAAGUGAGUCCCCUUGUCAGGGCAGCCGAGAGCGAGUGGAACGGCUCCACGCUACAGUUUUACAACAGGAACUUGAAUUCUCCAACACCCAGCGCAAGCGGCCGGACGGGCAAAAUUUACCAAGGAUGGAACCCUGAGACUGACUCGUGGGACAUCAAACAGAGCACGGCGUCACAAGAAAUACACAAACUGAGGAAGCUGGAGCUUUCCUAUGCAGAAGUAUUGAGGAACGCCGACAAAACUAAACCCAGGCGCAAGAAACAUCAAUAAACAUUUUAAUUCAUCGACCCCUCUUACUCUCAGUAAGAGCCGAGUGAUCAACAGCCAUUUGUCAUUGCCAACUGGACAUAAGUAAUUUAGAUUAGUAUUUGUGAUCUGGUAGUGUAACUUUUAAUUUUUACCUAUAUUAUUCACAAUCACAAAUUGCCAUAAUAACCGGUAUAGUUGUCGUAUACCAGUAUAUUUAUGUAUGUAUUCCUAUAAUCAAUUUUAAUUUAUUGAACUUUCACAAUACCCUUCCCUCCGAUAUCACGUUCGUCUAAUUAUUUCGUAUGAAAUAUUCUUGCAUUUAGCCAGAGCACCUUCGUAUGUCUCAAUAUAGUUUGUACUGCCUGAAAUUGAGUUCAAUUCGUUUCUAUUCAACUGAAUAAUUUAAUUUCUUCCUAUUUUAGUCAUUAUUUUAAUUGUAUAUUAUGUAUUUGAUCAUUGAUUUGUAAAUAAUUAUUAUUAUGCAUUUUAAGUUAAUUAUAUUUUUUUAAUUGCCAUCGAUAUUUUCGAAUAUUUCGAACAACGCGUUUUAUGUAUGCUGAAGGUAUUUAAUGGAGACAAAGUGAGAGAGAGGUUGAAGGUAUAAAUAAAAAUUUGCAUUGAUAUUAAUAAGUUUUUCAUUUCUCCUUCAAGAACCAUGUGUAUAAGUAUUAAGUAAGUAUAAAUUAAUGAAACGCUAAAUAUAUUACAACGAUAUAAUUUAGGGUUACUUUUUACAUGGAUAUAAUGUAUACAUGUGUACGUGUGAAUUGGGAUAAGCAGGAAUAACAGUAUAGUGUCGUGUCGCACGGACAUGCCCGUCGUGACAAUGUUACCAUCAAUAUUUGACCGUACUGCUACUAAAAGCAUUAAGAUACCAACAAGUAAUUUUGAGUACAUAAAACAUAAUUAUUCUAAAAAAAUGUUAGAAGCCUUUGUACAAUUAAUAAGUUAAAUUUUAUAAUUGAUUACAUUUAUUGAAAUUAAGUAGACAGAAAUGUAAAGCAGAUUAAAACAGCAGUUAAAACUCAAAAUUGAGAAAGCGUUAGAACGGUAUUUUAAUAACAGGAUGGCUAAGGGAAAAUGGGAAAGCGAGAGCUUGAUACCGUACUACACAUUAAUAUUAUAAUCAGCCUAUAAAAAGGGUGUACUGGCUAAGAGAGAGUUCAAAACUCAUUGCGAUGACGUCACACAGGCAAAUAUUUCAUAGGAUAAAAAAUCUUACUAUCAGUUUAAUAACAUAAAAUCAAUUGUCUGAUGCGAGUCAGUUAUAGAUUGUUUCCUACUAAAAAAUAAAAUUUAAAUAAUCAAUUGUUUUAUUUUAAAUAUUAAUAGAAGUUUACUUUCAAGAUUUUUAAUAUUUUUAAAAUGUUGAAACCUUUUUUUUACUCUGGUAACAUUUGACUAAGCAUUGUGCAGUGUAGUUCAAAUUUGUGUUGCCACAACAGAUUUGUGGUCUCGCUCUUACACGGCAUGUGCGACACGUACGACACGACACAGAACUAAGAUUCCAGCUGGAAUUUGUCUACUUAUUCUGUACUUCUAAUUCCCUCUCGACGAUCUUGCGGUAUUCGUCGAAACCUCCUUCUAUACUAGUGACGGAGCCAUUUCCACACACCCAUAGCUCCUUGCAGACCAUUCGUAUUAACCUCUCGUCGUGAGAUACCAGGAUAACACCGCC